AUGACAGAAAAGAAUACGAUCGUGCUACGGAGAUUCGAUGACGUUCACGCGAGAUUACUUUUGUCCUUGCAAGACGAGAUCUCGCAGCUGGAACAGGAGCUCGAGAAGCUAGAAAACCCCACAUCGUCUGGAAGUGUUUCGGAGAAGAUGUUGGCCAAAACUCGAAUAUUGCGAGAACUGCGGAAGGUUGUGGCGGAAUAUGACCAUCUCUUCAAUACAUGGAGCAAGAUGCAAGCCAAUCCAGCGAGCGAGGCCACCACGAAAGAGUUAAAACAGUGGUUGUCGGAGCCUGGAACAAAUGCAGAAGCUGGCCUGGGCAUCAGCGCACAGCAGAACAUCCAGUGGCUUGAAAAGACGAAGGAUGUGAGCACUAUUGAACUUGGCGACGACGAAAAGGCGCCUUCAAUAAACAAAGAAAAGCCGCAUAGCGAAGAUAGCGGAAGGUCGGGCGGCGGCGGUUUCAUGGCGUUUUUUAACUGUGCCGGCAAAAGGAAGUAA